AUGUCUGAAGCAAUCUCUGCAGAUUCUACUCCCAGCAUCCAUGGCGUCCACAUUCAUGGAACUGCUUCAUUCAAAGCUAGGAAUAAGGGUUAUCAAACCGAUACCCUUAACCCCUAUUUCAUGCAUCCGAACGAAAAUCCUGCAUUAAUCCUCGUUACUCCAUUGUUAUCACCCAACAAUUAUCAUUCUUGGUCAAGAUCUAUGACCAUGGCUUUGCGUUCCAAGAAAAAGCUUCAUUUUAUCAAUGGUGUCUUGCCUCGGCCAAUGGAUGAAGAUGUUAACUAUCUUGCAUGGGAUAGAUGCAACACAAUGAUCAUGUCUUGGCUUCACAAUUCUGUUGAAUCUGAAAUUGCACAAAGUAUCUUAUGGAUGGAAACUGCAGAAGAGAUAUGGAAUGAACUCAAAGCACGAUUUUAUCAAGGAGAUGUAUUUCGCAUUUCUGACAUUCAAGAAGAGAUCUACAAUUUGAAGCAAGCCAUUACCAAGAUUCGAGCUUACCAUGAUGGUGAUCAAGUCAUACGGUUUCUUAAAGGAUUGAAUGAACAAUAUUCAGCUGUUAGAUAUCAGAUUAUGCUCAUGGAGCCUCUUCCAAAUUUGUGUAGAGUCUACUCAUUACUUGUUCAGCAAGAAAGACAGGAUGCCAUCUCCAUUGAUGAGUCUAAACUCCUAGCUUGCCCUAAUGCCAGUUCCACUGCCAACAACACACACCAAAAUUCAUCUGCCAGCACCAGUUCUAGAGGCAGAGGUAGAGGUGAUAGGUCUUAUGGUGGUAGAGGAAGAGGAUCCAGAAUUUGCACUCACUGUGGCAUGACUAACCACACAGUUGAUACAUGCUUCAAAAAGCAUGGCUACCCACCUCAUUGGAAAUAA